AUGCCGGCAAUGCAAAGGUCAAGCGAGGAGUAUUAUAUGAGUAAGAUCAGGGCACUAGAGAAGCGCUGCGAAGACCUUGAGGCUCUCAACAAGGAGAUGUUCACUUACAUCCAUCAGCUCUCUGAUGCUCAGUCCGCUGCCCAUGACCUGGGAAGGAUGAAGAAAAGGUGUCAGAAGCUUCAAGAAGAAAAGAUUCUAAGGGACUUGCAAACUUCUACAUCGUCGUCCGAUCAUUUGAAGAUGAAAGAAGAUUAUCUGAGCUGUUUCAUUCGGCAAACAUCUGUUCAGUACCUGUCUCUUCUGUCAAAGUUGGAGAUUGAAUCUGUUCCCAAACUUCUCUGCGAGACGGCCAGUGGGCUUGAUCUUCGCGGCAUCACAAGCAACGCAGUUCUCAAGAACUUCUUCGAUGACCUGGACACCUCGACGUCGCACGUGUACUUCAUGCUCUUUCACCGACUGACAGCUACCCCGAGUGUCUCCCCCAUCCACUCUUUGCAGGACAGCAGGAGUUUGUCGGAAGAGGCUCGCCCAGACACAAACACCUCCUACAAGGACGAGAUCGUCGGGAGAGUCAUACAGCAACUGAAGCUGGAGGAUAAGGUCGAUCAGAUCUGCUCGGGGAUAAGAGCUUUCUUCUCUGCUCUGCUCCGUCACAUCAGAUCCCACGAGCGGUUGCAACUGACCUAUAGCGUGCAAGCCGCCAUAACCCGAUCGCUGUCGGGAUCCAUUUCAAGACAUCUGCAAAACAUGGAGAGCAAGCUGGAGGGCUCCGUUGGAUCUGCACAAGUCCUGCGAGUCUGCAGGAGGGUUCCAAGUUUGCGGGUGGUGGUGUACGCGAUCUUGGCGCUUCAACGGAUUCAACGACUGGCGGUCAUCGCCAGCAUCAGGUUGAACAUUCUAGGGAGCAGCGAGGGGGGAAGAGAAACUCUAGUCCGAUGUCUCCUCGCCCUCAAAGAUGCUCGACAACUCUCGCCCGGCUCAGACCGAGUCGGAGGCGUGAAGGACUUGAUCGCGAGCACCUGCUGCAGAUGCCUUCCUGAAGUGACUCCCCCUGACGAAUCUGACGAGUUUUCCCUCCCCUCCUUUCUUCAGUCUGCGCCCACUUCAGCCCCAAGUUUGUUGAUACUGCGAGAUCCCAGCAGCGCUGCGAGCUGCUGGGCGCGAGCAAGGAAUCUUGACAACGCCGCAGAGAUGCUGAGGGGUGAGAGCGGGAGGUUGGAAGAUUAUCUCCAGCACUGCGACAAUUCAUGGAUGCAGGAGAACGUGGAAGGAAGGUUGCAGCAGCAGGAGGCGAUGAUAACUCUACUCCAGGAGAAGCUCCAGCGUGUUCAGGCUGAGCUCGAGGACUCAGUGCCGCGAGAGACGUACAUGAGGAUGAAGCAGAAGCAUCUUGAGCACCAUCGCCAUGUCUCUGCGAUAGAAGACGCCAUGUCGCCCUCCAGGAAGCCGAGCGCUGACGUGGAGAAGAGACUCGAGCUGCAGGCGGAGCAGCUGGCAGCAGCGCAGGAGAGCAUCCGGAAGCAGGAGGAGGAGAUCAGAAAGCUGCAGGAUCGGCUCAUUGCUAGGGGGCUGCAGACAACGACGACGUCUCGGCAUGCUCUCAGCGCAUCCGGAGGAUCGAGCAUGGGGAGUGAGCGGGGGAUGUCCAUCGAAGAGGAGCUGGCGCAUGCGGAGGAGGAGCUGGAGUCUUGCAGGAGGCAGAUAUCGCAAGUCUUGAAAGGCAAACAGAGUCGAUGA